AUGUCUGACAACUUGGAAGCUGAGAGAUGGGGCUCCACACAGAUCACCGUCCAGACAUUUUCCUUCAGGUGGACCAUAAGCAACUUUUCCUUUUGCCUGGAGGAAAUGAGGGAAGCCAUUGAAAGUGCAACUUUCUCAUCAGGAGCCAAUGACAAACUCCAAUGGCGUUUGAGUAUACACGCCACUGGGAGUGAUAAAGAUAGCAAAGAUUACAUGUCAGUUCAUCUACUCUUGCUCCGCUGUCCAAAAAGCCCUGUUUGGGCAAAGUUCCACUUUUGGAUCAUAAAUGCCAAAGGAGAGAAAUGCCAAGGACUAUGGAGCCAAAUUGUCUUUAGGUUUGUUCCUGGUGGAGGCUGGGGAUUCAAAAAAUUCAUCCUUAAAGAUUUCCUGUUGUCCCAGGCAGAACACCUUCUCCCUGAGGACCACCUGACCCUUCUGUUUGACCUGUAUGUAGUUCAAGACUCCUGCAGCACCUCAGGACAGAACAUGAUAUCAGCAAUCAAGGUUCCAAGCUGCACUUUGAUGGAUGAGCUGGGAGCACUGUGGGAAAAUUCCCGAUUCACAGACUGCUAUCUCUUGGUAUCCAGUCAGGAAUUCUGGGCUCAAAAGACCAUCUUAGCAGCUUGCUCUCCAUUUUUCAGAGUCAUGUUUCAACAUGACAUGGAAGAGAGGCAAAAGAACCACAUUGAGAUCAAGGACCUGGCCAAAAUCUUCAAGGAGAUGAUGGGCUUCAUUUACACGGGAAAGGCACCAAACCUCCACAACAUGGCCACUGGUGUGCUGGCAGCGGCUGACAGGUAUGGCUUGGAGUGCUUGAAGGUCAUGUGUGAGGAUGCCCUCUGCAGGGACCUCUCCGUGGAGAAUGCUGCUCACACUCUCAUCCUGGCUGACCUGCACAGUGCAGAGCAGCUGAAAAUGCAGGCACUGGAUUUCAUUACACUUCAUGCUUCUGAGGACUCUGAGACUUCAGGGUGGAAGGUCAUGGUGAAUUUCCAUCCCCACUUGCUGGCUGAAGCAUUCCAUGCCCUGGCUUCUGCACAGAGGCCUUUCCUGGAACCUCCUCUCAAAUUCCUGAAGAGAUAG